AUGGAGGACCCCGGAGGGGGUGGGGAUGGGGGUGCGGGUGCAGAGCAACAUGUAGGGGGUGGGGGCGCCGUGGCAACAAGGUGCAAUGAUCCUCAGCUGACAGACUUCAUCGAGCGUGAGUUCCUCGAGGAGCAGGUGGAAGCCAUAAACAAGAUCUCCAAGUAUGUCGCCCAGCUGAGGAGAGUGGGCAAGGGGCAUGGGGUGUGGCACUUUGAUCAGAUGCUGCUUGAGGAAGAGGUCUAA